AUGAGCUCAGUUCCAUGUUGCAGAAGUCUUCAAAAUGGACUUAUUUCGCGUCUAGAGCAAUCGGAUGAGUACUUUACAUCAGAACACAGAAUGGAGAUCGAUAAUACGCUCAACAAAAUACAGCCUUAUUCUGAGCGCAUUCAAGCACUAAAUCGUGAUAUUUUGGAUCUAACGAAGCGAGUUCGAUCAGCGUUGUUGCGUGUGCAAGCACUAUGCAAGGAGCAAAUCGUAGAAACAGUGUUACGCAAUUAG